CAUUUAUUUCUUGUGUCUUUUUUUUUUAAAGGGGAAAAAAACCCAACCUUUCUUGUAAAAGAGCCAGUGUUGAACCUGUCUGUGUGGAGGAAGCCACACCAGGAGCUUUGCAAGCUGCAAGACAGGGCCACUGCCUAGAAGAUGUAAGAAGCCGGGGAAGAAUCUGGCCCCUGGGAGUGGCACUGGCUUUGUGCGUGUGUGUGCAUGUGUGUGUGCAGCCUCCCACUCCAGCUGCAGCUCUCUCUCUCUUUUUUUUUUUUGGAUGCUGUGCAGUUCCCUUUCUGUGAAAUGCUUUUUUGGUUGAAAGAAGAAGAGAUGUCACAUCAGGAGCUAACCCAGAGACUAGCUACAGUCAUCACUCAUGUGGAUGAAAUCAUGCAGCAGGAGAUAAGGCCGCUGGUUGCAGUGGACAUAAUAGAACAGCUCCACCGGCAAUUUGCUAUCCUGUCAGGAGGAAGAGGGAAGGACGGGGCACCCAUCAUCACCUUCCCAGAGUAUGCAGGGUUCAGCGAGAUACCUGACGAGGACUUUCUGAAUGUGGUGACAUAUUUAACCAGCAUUCCCAGCCUGGAGGCUGCCAGCAUCGGAUUCAUCAUCAUUAUAGACAGACGACGGGACAAAUGGAGCGCGGUAAAGGCGUCCCUGACACGGAUAGCAGGUGCGUUUCCAGGGAACCUGCAGCUGGUGUUUGUCCUGCGGCCCUCCCGCUUUAUCCAGAGGACAAUCGCUGACAUCGGCAUUAAACUCUACCGAGAUGACUUUAAAAUGAAGGUACCGAUCAUCAUGUUAAAUUCUGUUUCUGAUCUACAUGGCUAUAUUGACAAAAGUCAGCUCACCCGGGAACUUGGGGGGACUCUGGAAUACGGCCACAGCCAAUGGAUACACCAUCGAACUGCUAUCGAGAACUUUGCAAUGACCGUGAAAACAACGGCACAGAUGCUGCAGACUUUUGGAACGGACCUGGCCGAGACUGAACUUCCCAACGACGUGCAGUGCACCGAGGAGCUCCUGUCCUCCCACACAGACCAGCACGACAAGCUGAAGGAUGAGCUGAAACUAGCUGUGAAGCAGGGGGCCACGCUGCUGACGUGCAUUAGAGAGCCAGUCACACGAAGCGCCACUAGCAAACUCAGCCCGGACGAGCUGGAAAAUGUAGCAACUGUGGAAAGGUUAUUGGCUCAGUUGGAUGAGACAGAAAAAGCCUUUGAUCAGUUUUGGUCCAAGCAUCACCUAAAGUUAGAACAGUGCCUACAGCUCCGACACUUCGAGCAUGAUUUCAGAGAGGUAAAACUGGCAUUAGAUAGCCUGAUGGAAGCCCAGGCCGGGUUCACUGACAUCGGAGACAGCGUGGCUCGUGUGGAUCACCUCCUGAAGGAGCAGAAACAACUGGAAGAGAAGGGACAGGAACCUUUGGAAAAGGCCCAGUCUUUAGCUGUCCAUGGAGACCAGCUCAUCCAAAACAACCACUACGCAGUUGACUCCAUCAGGCCAAAAUGUGUUGAACUCAGGCGUAUCUGUGACGACUUUACCAAUGAGACCAAGAAAAAAUACGAUAUUUUGGGGAAGUCCCUCGAGCUGCAUAAACAAAUAGACAAGGCGAGCCAGUGGUGUGAAGCUGGAAUCUACCUCUUAGCUUCCCAAGCUGUGGACAAGUGCCAGUCACAAGAGGGAGCUGAAACUGCACUUUGUGAAAUAGAGAAAUUUCUGGCAACUGCGAAGGAACACCAGCUCUCCAACCCGAAAGAGUUUUAUAAUCAGUUCGAUAUGAUUCUCACCCCUGAAAUCAAGACCAAUGCCCAAAGGAUCCUCCAGAAACUGGAAGACGUGCAAGAAAUGUUCGACAAGAGGCAAGUGAGUCUGAAGAAGCUGGCAGCCAAGCAGACUCGGCCGGUGCAGCCUGUCGCCCCGCAUCCCGAGUCUUCCCCGAAGCGAGCCUCACCUAAGACCACCAGACCAGCAACGUUAGCCACCAACAGGAGAUCAGCAGAAAUUCCUUGUCCUCCAAAGUCCAUCUCUGAAGCAGACUUGUCAAAAAAGAAAAACAUUAAGAAGACCAAAGGUGGAAUUAAGAUUGAAGUGAUGCAUGAAGCCAGUCAAGGUGGGUCCAGCCGAAUCUUAGUGAUGAGUGAAAGCGACGAGAAUCUUUCCAGUAGGAGAAGCCACAUAAUAAAUGAGCUGAUAGAAACCGAACGGGUUUACGUAGAAGAACUACAAAGUAUAAUAGAGGGCUAUGCUUCAGAGAUGGACAAUCCUGACUUGAUGCAUCUGAUCCCAUCUGCUCUUCAGAACAAAAAAGAAGUUCUUUUUGGGAACCUUCCUGAAAUCUAUGACUUUCACAACAGAAUUUUCCUCAAGGAGCUGGAAAAUUGUGUUGAAAACCCUGAGCUGCUUGGCCGAUGCUUUUUAAAAAGAAAAGAGGAUCUCCAAAUAUAUGAAAAAUACUGUCAGAAUAAGCCAAGGUCUGAAGCUCUCUGGAGGCAAUGUGCAGACAACCUCUUCUUUCAGGAAUGCCAGCGUAAAUUGGAUCAUAAACUCUCAUUAGAUGCGUAUCUCUUAAAGCCAGUUCAAAGAAUCACAAAGUACCAGCUGCUUUUAAAGGAAAUGCUGAAAUGUAGCAAGAAUUCAGAAGGCACCGCUGAACUGGAAGAAGCUCUGGCCACAAUGCUUGAUAUCAUCAAGUCUGUCAAUGACUCUAUGCAUCAGAUAGCGAUCACGGGAUAUGAGGGUGAUGUGAAUGAGCUUGGUAAGCUGCUGAUGCAGGGCUCCUUCAAUGUCUGGACUGACCACAAGAAGGGUCACAACAAGGUGAAGGACUUGGCAAGGUUCAAGCCAAUGCAAAGGCAUCUCUUCCUCUAUGCCAAGAUGCUGCUCUUCUGCAAGAAACGGGAGGAAAACACAGAUGGCCAUGAGAAGACACCUUCCUACAGCUUUAAAAACUCAUUAAAGAUGAGUACCGUCGGCAUCACGGAAAAUGUGAAGGGUGAUAACAAGAAGUUUGAGAUCUGGUAUAAUGGCAGGGAGGAGGUCUAUAUCAUUCAGGCAUCUUCUGUUGAGCUGAAAAACAUCUGGGUUUCUGAGAUUCGGAAGGUCCUAACAGGACAGCUGGAAGCAUGCAGAGAAGCAAGCCAGCUACACCAAAGAAUCACCGAGAGCGUUUACCAUGCACCGAUGAAUUCCUCCAACAUAUCCAGGUUUAGCAGGAAGUCGUCGAGUUUAUACGAAAACAAAUCUGAGACAUCAAGCCUGGAGAUGUCCAACAACAGGAACAGGAACUCCAGUCCCAGCACCAGACAAAAGAGAGAUGCAGAAGCUAAGGAGAGAGAAGUCACCCGCCGCUUUUCCCUAGCCUCCUCCAUCAACACCACAGUUAACACAUCUGCUCUGACCAAAGGUCCCCUUGGUCCUGCAGUUAAAGUCAAGAGGCAUGAAAUAAAGAGCGAUCCAACUCCCCUGGGGUUUGAAGAUGCUUUUGAGAACACCAUAUUGGCCCAGACUAAAGGUAAUACCAGUUCCACCACAAGGCCAGUACCUAGAUCUGCUUCACAGACAGGUUGGCCCAGCAGACAGAUGCCAUCACUAGACACAUUCGAGGAUUUUGAAGCUAUCCCCUCCAGCACUGAUGAGCUCUCUAACUCUUCUGACAUGGAGGAAGAGACCAACGCUAACAAUGUGUCCAACCUCUUUCGGGUAGAAGGCAGCUUUGAAACCUGUUUUCCAGAGUCCCUUGCUCUAGAGGAUGGAGAUUUAGUGCAGUUUGUACAGGAGGGAGAAAACGGACAAUGGCUAGUCAAGAAGCUGGUGUCUGAGAAAAGCGACUGGGUUCCUUCCAGUGUGUUACAGCCAGCAGACGGGCAUAGUAACAACUUGCUUAGGAACAGCAAUGCAGAAGCGUACAACGAUGCCUGCAACACGACCGCCGCAGAAUCGGCCAUGAAGGAAAGUGAGGUGGCCAGGAGCUUAACAGCAGAGCAGAGGGCUGGAAGUUGAGUCACGGGGCUGUGACCUCCUCAGGACUCCAGGCUCUUGUUUGUUGGUUAGGGGUGGAUGCUGGACCAAGUUGCCUUUCUCACCAGCUCUGAGCUUCAGAGUUUCUUCCAUCUUCAUCAGCAUGAACAGAGGAGAACUGCUGGGUCCAGCUGACAAGCUGAAAGACUUGAAGAAGCACUAGACAUUAAAAACAAGCGCAUCAGAACCAUCUUCAGUAUUAAACAGGAAUUGAUAAAUGCUUCUCGCAUUGGUUAGCAAACUGUUCGAGAGGAUGUGGCCUAAAUUAGGUCGACAGCAGAAUGAAAAGCUACUAUGCACCCACCUUUUGGCAACCUUGCUUGGGUUCUUUCCAAGGGAUGGAUCUGUGGUCACCAGUUCCUGCUCCACUGGGGAAUCGCCUGGCAUUUUUCCAUUUGUCUGGCUCUGCUGCUGUGCCUUUCCCUGACUCCCCUCAUUCCAGAAGAUAGACCAUGAAUAUAUCCAGUCAUUCCUAAUGGAUCAUCAGGAGCAAGAACCUAAGAUUUGCAGGGAAGUGGUGAUGGAAAAACUCAUGCCAACUCAAGACUAUCAGCGAAGCUGAGCCCCGCCAUGGCGUGACUGCUUUGACAGUGGUGCGGUGAACGAUUGUCUGUUUACAGGAUCUGUGGAUGACACAGGUUGGCAACUUCUGGCCAAGAGAUGGAGUUUCAAGGUUAAGUGGCGAACAAAGACGUGAUGAUGACUGUGCCGAAGGACCGGCUGAGCUCUUCUUACAGUAUAAACAGAUUCCUUCCCUCUACCGUGGUUGCUGGAUCACAUCCCUCUGCAUUUGGUGCUGAUAAUUUCAUAGAGCGGCAUUUAAAGUUACCCAUUUGAGUACACUGCAUGCUUGCACUUCCAUUGUGUGCUGGGCUAUGGAGUAGGUACAGUUCAUUCCCAUAUCGUAUCCAAAUAUACUUAAGCAUUUGCUAAUAGGCUGGUGAGUGUUAGAAACACUGAUGAGUGGAUAAAGUGUUAUUGUUAAUUGCUUCUUUCCAGGACGUUUUUAUUAAGGACUGUACCAAAUCUCGGUCACAUUAGGAUGAAUGUCGACCUUUUACAGAAGUUAGUAAUUCCUGUACAAGCCAUUAGCUCAUUCAGAGCAAGUCUGAAGGCAUGUGCAUGGAGGUAUUUUGAUGCUAAACCAGAAUUUUCAAGCCCACAAAGCUGCUAGUCCCUUACGUGUUGCAAAACUAAAUAUUCAUCUAGGACUGUGCAUAGAGGAAAAGACCAGUCUGGAAGAAAUUACCCUGGAGAGCUCAAAAGUCAGGGAUUGGUUUUCCCCACCAGUGACUGUUUUUUCCCCCUCCCCAUGACUAAUGAUGCUUCAAGUAAAUAAUAGACAAAAGUGGAAAAAAGGCUAAACCAGGAACACUAUGAAUUGCACCAUUAGGCAGAAUAAUAGCAUGAAAUAAUCAUGCUUUGAAGUCACCACUGUUGCACUGAGAUACAGUGUGGGCUCAUUUAGUGCUGGUAAUAGAUUUCAUUUACCUUUCAAGGAUAGCUGGGGCCAAAAACUGCCCUGAGGAACAUACAAAAGUCCUGCUAAAUCCCCUAGAGCAGGGGUGUCGAACUCAUGUGCCGUAUAAGCCAGAUGAUGGGCAUCUCUGGGCUGGUCUGUGGGCCGGACUGGGACCAACCCUCCGUGGAGCAGUCACAGUGCCGGGUCCGGCCCACGCACCGCACACAGCACGUACCAUGGCAUGGGGCAUGUCUGCAGCACCCGGGCUGGACCCAGUGCUGCAAUGGCACUGGGAGGGCUGGUCUGGGGUGCCUGUUCCCCAGCCCCCCUGUGCUGUGCGUAGCACUGGGUUUAGCUUGCGUUGCAUGGGCAGCACUUGUGUGUGCAGCAAGUCCUGGGGCCAGCACAUGCUGCAUACAGUGCAUGGGGCUAGACCAACCCUAGACACUGGUUCUGGGUCUGGCGGGCACCGGAUGGAGCGUGAGCCUCAUGCUGGCCCUCUGUGCCACAUGCAACGUGUGGGGCUGGAGGCAGUGACCCACGGGCCAAGUCGUACAGAUCCGGCCUGCGGGCCGUAUGUUUGGCACCCGUGCCCUAGAAUCACAUGAGCAGCUUGAAGGCAGAGGCUGAGUCCCUUUGGUCCCCAAAUACAGUUACAGGUUUGUGCAGUGAAAUCAUUCCCACUCAUCCCCACAGAAUAGCUUCACCUCGGUUUCCUUGUUACUUCAGCGACGGGGACACUGUCUGGUAACGGGGCCUCUCCUCACCCUUGCCACCCCCUGAAUGUGCCGUGCGGGGCUGGAGAGGUUGUACUGCACAGCGGUGUGCGCGGAGGGGUUUCCUCUGUGCACGUGAACUUGCCAAAACAAAGGGUGUCAUUGUUGUAUUAUUGUUAUAUGAAAGCCAAAAAUCGCACUUUGGAUUCUCCCUAGAGGAACAGGUAAGAUCCAAACCAUCAUUGGUAAAACAUCAGUCUGUCUGCUGGUGACGCAGGUGGGAAGUCAGGAGUCACAGAAUCACAGAAAAUUCAAGUUGAAGGGACCCCAGGAGGUCACAGCUAGUCCGAUCCCCUGCUCAAAGCAGGACCAGCCCCAAAUACAUCAUCCCAGUCAAGGCUUUGUCUGCCUACGUCAGCUCUAUCUCAGCCUCUGCCAUUUGUAGUGCGAUCAGAGGUAAGUCUCUUCCCUCCUGAGGACCUCUGCUUCUGCGUGUGUCAAAUGCGGGAAUGACACUGCUGUUUCCACUCGCCUGUGCCCCUCAGUUGGGCGAUCUCUGCCAGGCAGCCCAUCAAGAAGCCCAUUCCCUCUUGGGGCAGCAAAGCAGCAGGCUGCCAUCACUGCCUACACCCCACACGCACCUUGGCACUCCCAGUAUGUUACCAGUUGCCUAUUACCUGGAUACACUGGGAUGGUGGGGCAGAGCAGGCUCCUUCCCUCCAGACCACAAAGACAGCAGCCACAAAAUUACAGUGUGGAUUGUAACUACUUUUCCCCACCACCUUUUUUUUAAACAAUUUUUGCAGGGUUUUUUUUUUUUUUUCCUCUGCUCUGUCAACAAUAUUUCAAGGUUUGUCAUGUUGACCAAGGUUUAUAUGUCAUGUUAUUUUUAUGAUGGAGAAAGUCUCAUACUAUCGCAUUUACUGAUAAAAUCCAAAGACUUUGAUUUCUUGAGGAAUCAAAAAUAAAGCUGAGGACAAUUCUAAAUGAGUAGAUAGAGAAAGAUUGUAUUUUGGCUUUGCUAACAUGAUAGUCCAGGGUUCAGUGACCGUCCAUUUUGCUUCUUUGGCCGCCAAGACAAUCUUUUAAUUGAUGUGGUUCUUUGUGGCCAACCAGGACUUAAUAACAUGAUGGAUACCCGGUCCAAAGUCUAGAGGAUGAUUUAGGAGCAGAGUUAAGAUUCAGCAAGGCGAAUGCAUUAGGGAACAGCCGUGUUGGAAGCAGCUCUUCCCACAAGUUCAUUGUCUUCUCUUCUCUUCCCACAUCACGAUGUGAAUCCCAGAAAGAUAUCCCUGUCUACACUGCAUGGAGAAGACAUGGUAGCUAAAGAGGUGUUUAAGAGUAGUGGCUGCCAAAAGGUUUCAGCUAUUAGCAUAAACAAGGGGUAAGGCCAGGUCUGCGCUAUAAUAAUCGGCAUGUUUGAUCCUCCACUGCUUUUAAGGUCUCACCCCAUUAAGCAGAGAGCGGAGAAUCAGGGCCAUCAUGUCUAGACACAAUUAUAAACAAUUGUUGCCCAACUAAGUCCUAUCGUUGGCUUUUCUUGCCAGACUGAACAAAGAUUUAUGUGGUUUUGUGUUCCUGUUCCUUAAGUGAUUAAAAGCCAUUUUGACAGCCAGCCUUUUUUUUUAAGUGCUGAGAGAUCUCAAACAGGAUUGGGUUUCAGGAAGGUCAAGUGCUUCCCUUACAUAAUGCUUGAGGACUGGCUUGUUAUUAGACGAUCCAGUACUUAAAAAAAGCCAAAUUGUUGCAUUUUUCUGCAGCAGCUGAAGCUGAAAUAGCUGCUAAGAGUUCUUCUCGUAUGCUGAGAAUUGGUACAGUUUGUCAUUCUUGCAUAUUUCCAUGGUGUUGAUGACGACGACGAUGUAUUUGUAUAUUGUGAUUGAGAGAUAAUCAGACAGGUCAAAGCACAGGAUUCUCUUGAGGAAUCGCCUGUCUCCUUCCCCCCCCAGUCAAAGCUGAAUGUAUGAAUUUAUAACAAGUGUGCAAUGUUGGAAUUUCUGUAAAUAGGCUGUUCUGAAUGAUGUAGAACCACACUUUGUUUGGACUUUAUAAAAAUUAUAAAUACUGUAGUACAAAACA